AUGGGUCCAAGGCAAAGCAAAAACACUCCACCUCCUGCAGUUGAAAAGGUAGAAGAGCCAAAAGAAGAAGAAAAAGCAGCUGGAGAACCUCCAAAAGUGGUUACAAGAGACAUCCGUAGCCAGUAUCUCACAAGAAUAGGCGUUGGGCAAGCUGGAGAAGUGCUACGAAAAUACCAAGGAAUGACUGCUAGAGAUUUUAAAGUUCCACAAUGAAUGGGUAGCAGCGCCCCAAUCACAGAAGAAGAAAAGGCUCCUCAUCCUCCUUCUAAUGAAGUUUCAGAAAAAAUCGCAUCAAACGACAUCUAUAAUUUAAGCUUCGUGCAAGUAAAAACAGCUGAUGAUAUCCGCAGGCAAUUUCUUCAAAGGAUGAGUAAAGAAGGAGUAUGGCUUCCUCCAAGCCAAAGGCCUCCUAAGUCUAACUCUAUCAUUAUUUUUGACUGGGAUGACACUUUAUUAUGCACAACUUACCUUAACUCUAGAGAAGACGCUAUGAAUAUUACUUCAAAAGUUGUCAAAGCCCAAUUAAAAACAUUAGAAGAUGCGAUAAUAAGGCUGCUUACACUUGCUUUAAGCUUAGGAAAUACAUAUAUCAUUACUAAUGCAAUGAAAGGAUGGGUGGAGUAUUCAUCAGGCCUAUGGAUUCCUGGGGUACUUACUAUGCUUGAACAAAUCUUACUUAUUUAAUUAGGUGGCUGAGUCCACUUUGUUAACUUUGUUACGAGUAUCCUGCAAGGGGAUUCAUCCGUUUUUUGGUAACGUCUACUUCCGGAAAGGUGGGCUGCCUGGCAGUCACCUCCUCCUUGCUACAGCGUGGUAGCUCCAGCUUUGAAUGGGCAGAUUACGGGUUCCCGGGGCCUUGCUUCAGGCUGCAGCGAGAAGGUUGCCUGCACGGAAAAUCCAAAAAUGGAUUUUCUGGCUGAUUUUUGGCAAAAAGGAAAACUUGCACCCCAGGCCAUAACCCCUGGUAUCACGGUGGGAAAAAUGCCCGAUGAGCCCAAAGGAUCUUACUGGGCAAUCCCUUUCCAACUUCCACGUCUUUCCAACUUCCAAGCCUCCUUCUCCUCGAAGUAAACAAAAUUGGAAAAUGGGUAAGGGCUAGGCUCCUUACACCACAGGAGCUGCUUACCAAGCAUAGCUGCCUAUUUUCAGCUUGGUAAAACCUUGCCGGAUAUAAUUAAAUAUGCACUCGAAGGUUGCAUGGCCGGGAGGCCAUGCUCAAGCUGAGAUGCCAUAUUUAAUUAUGCUUGAACAAAUCACAGUUAUUUCAGCAAGAAGUGAGUAUGAGCACAAGUUUCCUGACAACUAUCAUCAAUGGAAAGUUGAAGCUUUUAUGGAGAUGACCAAACUAUUUGAUACAGGAACUAUUACCAAUUUGAUAUGUUUAGGUGAUUCUAAUAUUGAGAUGGAUGCUGCACAUCAUUUGGUACAGUAAUUUUAAUGCAGGUGCUAUCAAAAUGCAUGCAUAAAAACUAUUAAAUUCAGGGAUGGGCCUAACCCCGAAGAGCUUGUCAAGCAGCUGGAGCUUGUGACUGAUAAAUUUGAAAAAAUAUGCACAAGUGGCAAGAACUUGACGAUCAGACUUGAACGGUAAAAAAUAUUUAGAAAACCAUCGCCUAGAUAA